AUGACUUCUUUUCGUCUGUUAUUUGUCGGGUUGCCGAGGAGGUGCGGAGGUCUCGCGAGUGUCAUCGUCUGCGGCGUCGGGUCACUGUGCCGUUUUCUGAAAGCUCGAGACUGGAAUAUAGAUGUGGCCGAAAAGGCGUUAAAGGCCACAAUUGACUAUCGCCGAACAUUGCAACCUCUGGACGUUGAUUGUAAAUGGUGUCAUGAGCAACCUGGAUAUCAUUCAAUGAGACAAGUUGGAUUUGACGAAUUAGGAAGGCCAGUCAUUUAUUCCAGUUUUACGCAGACGACAGCACGAAAAAUCACAGUCGACGACUCGAUCAGACACGUGACUUACUUGAUCGAGAAUGCCAAACUUACCAUGAAGCCUGGAGUCACAACGUGGGUGUUCAUUAUUGACUGCACAGGCUUGAGUCUCCCACUGUGCAACCCACGUCUUGGCUAUGGCGUUACUCAGGUGAUGUCCAAUCAUUAUCCCGAGCGGCUUGGAAUGGUGAUCUGUCUUAAUCACAGUCCCGUCUUCCAGGGUGUAUGGAGAGCCAUUCAAGCCUUCUUACAUCCCACUACUGUGGCCAAAAUGCUCCUCGUUCGCUCUAGAAGUAAAGUGCAGCAGACGUUCUCCAAAUAUUUCUCUGAGGAGCUGACCAAUUGGCUUCUGGACGAAAUCAAGCUUAAUAAACAAAAGCCGCUCUCGAUGUCACAAAGAACGUUCUGGAACGAGCCGUCCGGUGAAGGUGUUCAUGAUCCCCGGGGUUGUCCAUCUUACGUGAAAGAUUUCGUCGAGCCUUACUCGGAAAAAAGUUUCGCCGCCAUUCGCGGCCUCCACAAACCCCACCCUACAGUUCUGGACAGUAUCAGGGAUGUUCUUCAUCCGGAAAGUAUAGCGACAAUCGACGGUGAUGAGAUGACAACGCCUGGGGCAGCUGAUGAUGAUGCAUCCAACAGCGAAGAUGAACAGUCUAUGUCUGAAAACUCACGCCAUGGUUUUUUAUCUGAUGAAACCCAUAAAUUCAUUCACGUAUUAAUAUCUAUCUAUCUAUCUAUCUAUCUAUCUAUCUAUCUAUCUAUCUCAUUCUGUUCAUAUCUAUCUAUCUAUCUAUCUAUCUAUCUAUCUAUCUAUCUAUCUAUCACAUCUUGUUCUUUUCUUUCUUUCUCUUUAUCUAUCUAUCUAUUUAUAUAUUUGUACAUAUUAUCUAUUCCUGUUCUUUCUUUCUUUUUAUCUAUCUAUCUAUCUAUCUAUCUAUCUAUCUAUCUAUCUAUCUAUCUAUCUAUCUAUUAG